GUAUAUAUUUAAUUGCUUCUCAUCAUUGAGACAUGCAUAGUACUCUUUCUGAGCUAGUGAAUAUUGACAAUCCCUCUGCAUUUUGUGAUUCUUCAUCCUCUGUCUUCGGUUAGCUGAUCCAGACAGCGCAUUGCAGACAUUGGACUUGUGAGCAUGGAUUCAGUAAAGGGCAGAUACAUUGGGCACAGCACAAUGGCUAAGAAACCAAUUGAGAACAUCAGGUUUCUCAUCAGUGUUAGCGUUGGAAUCAUGUUUGGUUUCUUCAUGGGAGUGUUGAUUCCCAAACUCCCACAAAUUAAGAUAGGCACGGCGUCUGUUGUUCUAGAUGCUUCCAUGAUCUACGGGGGCAACGUCUCUGCUGCCUCCACAGAAAUUAGCAGAAACGUAUCUAUUGGAAACCAGCAAAUUUCAAAGAUUUGGGCGCCUUCUAAUCCGAGAGGCGCGGAGAGGCUUCCUCCGGGCAUCAUGGCAUCAGAGUCGGACCUCUAUCAACGAAGACUGUGGGGACUGCCUACAGAGGAUCUGCCCAUUACACCAAAGUAUCUAGUGACUUUCACAGUUGGUUAUAAGCAGAGGUUUAACAUUGACAAAGCAGUUAAAAAGUUUUCAGAAAAUUUUACAAUCCUUCUGUUCCAUUAUGAUGGAAUAACCACUGAGUGGGACGAGUUCGAGUGGUCUAAGCGUGCCAUUCACAUCAGUGCUCGAAAACAGACAAAAUGGUGGUAUGCAAAGAGGUUUUUGCAUCCGGACAUUGUUGCAUCCUACGACUACGUCUUCAUAUGGGACGAGGACCUUGGAGUCGAGCACUUUGAUGCAGAAGAAUACAUUAAGCUUGUGAGGAAACAUGGUCUUGAGAUUUCCCAGCCGGGCCUCGAGCCAACCAAGAGCAUGCCAUGGAGGAUGACAAGGAAACGCGAUCACAGUGAAAUUCACAAGGUCACAGAGGAGAAACCGGGCUUGUGUCCGGAUCCACAUUUACCACCGUGUGCAGCCUUUGUGGAGAUCAUGGCUCCUGUCUUCUCUAGAGAGGCUUGGCAUUGCGUGUGGCAUCUGAUUCAGGUAGUUUGUCCUUGCUCGACUCUGCUUAUGACAACGUUCUUUCUUAUCUUACAAACGCAAUUUUUUAAGAAUGACUUGGUCCAUGGAUGGGGUCUGGACUUUGCCCUCCAAAAAUGCGUUGAGCCUGCACAUGAGAAAAUCGGAGUCGUUGAUGAGCAAUGGAUUGUUCAUCAAAUUGUUCCUUCAUUGGGAGGCCAGGGUGAAUCUACUAAUGGAAGGGCUCCAUGGCAAGAGGUGAGACUAAGAUGUACUAGAGAAUGGGCAAUGUUCAAAGCUAGGAUGGCCAAUGCAGAGAGAGAUUAUCACAAGUCUAUGGAGAUUGAUUCAUCUAAUUUGACUACUUGAGGUGUUUGGAUAGAGCCUUCAACUUCAAACACUCAACAACAUUGUGUAGAGAUAUCAUAAGUCAAAAUUUAUUUUGAGAAAUAGAUUUAAUUUUUGAAAGGACAUACAUCAUUUUAAUUUAUAAACAUUGAUCAUUCAAUAGUGGUUCCCAAACAAACAACUCCACUUAUUUAGUAGUGGAAUUCUUGAA